AUGGCCCAGUUCCUGGCCCCGCUCCUCACCCUGAUUGCUCUCUGGCUGGCCCCGACGGGGCGCGCCCGACCGCUGGUGGACGCCGGGCCUCACGUCUACUAUGGCUGGGGGGAGCCCAUUCGUCUGCGGCAUCUCUACACGGCCAAUCGGCACGGGCUCGCCAGCUUCUCCUUCCUCCGGAUCCACCGCGACGGCCGCGUGGACGGCAGCCGGAGUCAGAGCGCGCUCAGUUUGCUGGAGAUCAAGGCGGUAGCUCUUCGGAUGGUGGCGAUCAAGGGUGUCCAUAGCUCUCGGUACCUGUGUAUGGGAGACGCCGGGAAACUCCAGGGAUCGGUGAGGUUCUCCGCCGAAGACUGCACCUUCGAGGAGCGGAUCCGCCCGGAUGGCUACAACGUGUACCAGUCCCACAAGUACGGCCUCCCCAUCUCCCUGUGCAGUGACCGGCAGAGGCAGCAGGCCCAAGGCAAGGACUACCUGCCGCUGUCUCACUUCCUGCCCAUGAUCAACUCGAUCCCUCUGGAGGCCGAGGAGUUCGAGGGCCCCGGGCUGUUCUCCUCGCCCCUGGAGACGGACAGCAUGGACCCCUUUGGCCUCACCUCCAAACUGUCGGCUGUGAAGAGCCCCAGCUUUCAGAAGUAA